AUGUGCGCGAAACUCCGCUUUGUCGCUAGACCAUUCCUGGGAAUUGGACGCCACAUUCGCGUCGCUGUCUCUCAACCAUGCCGUUUCACGUUCGAGCCGUGGAGCGAAAAGAAUCACAGAGUACGUCAGAGCAAAUUUUGCAUGCACACCAAGAUGAGCGGCGUCGAUCUCAAAGAGAAUAAGAACAAGCGUCCAGCAAGAUCCCGGAACGGGACAAACACGACGCCGAGUUGCGACACUUUCACAUACGUCCCUGUGGCGCCUCACGAGGUGUUUGAGAGACGGCAUGUGACGCACAUGGUCCUACAACGAACCGAAGAUUGA